AUGGUCGCCUACGCCAACUUCACCCCAGAACCACCACCAAGGGCUGCCAUCCGCGCCCGCAAUGAGACGGAGGAUCAGCACGAAGACAUCCCGGAAGCCGACCGCUACGUCUACGUUAUCAUCAAGGAUGCGCACGACUCUCAUGGGCCUGGCAUGAUCUUCAAGCUCGGCUUCCUGGAGGCCUUCAAGAACUGCCUAGACACCUUCAGAGUCAAGUCCUGCCCGAAUUGCCGCCCCGUCAGCGACAUCCGCUUCAAGACUCACAACCAGAUCUUCGCAGACAUCACCACCCCUAAGAGAAUCGGCUUCUGGCACAACACAACCACCACGAUCCGCGCUUACUCGAACGUCCCGGGCAUGCAAUGCUCAAAGUGCAAGAUCCAAGGCUACCCAAGUUCGACCGUACCGACCAAAGCUGUGCCGCAGACGAUGACGAGUGUCCCGAAGAACGAAGUCGUCGCCCUUCGCGUCCGCGACCUAACAGGCUUCGAGAUGGAGGUGAAGAUGAUGAACAUAACCCCCUUCAGCUUCCUCAUGGAGCAGUACGCCACCAAAGCCUGGCGCAAGAUGAGUGACCUUCGCUUCCUGCUCGACGAAGAGAAGCUUCUCAAGACCGAGACGCCCAAGAAGCUCGAUCUUUCGAACGGAGACCUCAUCGACGUGUACUUCGAGCAACUCGGUGGCCGAAAGCAAAGCCUAGAUUCUCGAGCGCAGCGGCGGUACCUCACAGGAUUUUUGGGUGUUAUGGAUGGGGAGGUCACGGCGAGGACUUGGUUCGGGGGCCGUCAGUCGGGCAACAGCAGGGCAGGCACGACGAACGUGGGGACAUGA